AUGUCUAAAUCACGUGAACGAUUCGCAUCGCCAUCUGAAUUCAUGCAAUGUUCCAUCUGCUUGUCGUAUAUUGAACCGAAAAUGCGAUCCAAAAUUUCAGUGUGUUUGCAUGAAUUUUGUUUCCUAUUCAUUCAAGAAUGGUCCAAGACGAACGCCGUGUGUCAGCUUUGUAAGCAAAAUUUUACUAAAAUUCUUUACAACAUAAGAACGGACGACGACUACGAUGUUUACCAAAUCAAAAAAUCAGAAAAUAAAGGAAAUCAUAGAACAGAACGGAGAGAGACUUCAUCAAAUAGAAGAAGUAAUCUGCAACCAUACAGAUCUACAGUGGACUUCAGAAGAGAGGUCUACAACACUGACAUGUGGGCGAGUAGGUUCUCUUCCUGCCUCACGAGGACUCGCGGUGUGACUGCCGACUUCUACCAAAGAUUUCCCGUUUGUGUUUACAGAUUGGUUCCAUGGCUAACCAGAGAGUUGAAUGCCCUGCUGCUGGUCCCUAACUCAACGCUGAAUAUCAGCGCACUGCAGCAAAACAUUUUAGAUCUCAUAAGGCAACGAGACAUGACGAGUCCGAAUUUUGCAAAAAAAAUGAAACCAUUUUUUAAAGAACGAACAAAUCAUUUCAUUCACGAACUUGUUUCAUUUGCACAGUCCAUAUGCGACUUGGAGAUGUACGACAACAAUGUCAUUUAUAAGAAGCGAACAACAACAACAACGGCAGCCUCAAACAACGCUGAAAUCAUUAAUACCAUUGAUAACGGUGUCAUAGUUGUUGACGAUGAUGAUGAGAGUCACGAUUCUCGUGACGUCAUAAUAAUCUCAUCGCCAGUUGCUUCAACCAGUUUUCAGGACAACAACAGCAACAGGCAUGCUGAAAUGAGAACUCUUAGUGAUCGAACUAUUGUCAUCAGCGAGGACAGCGAUUUUUGCAAAAUCAUGACCUCUUCGUCAGCAUCUGUAGCGGCUUCAACCAGUUUCCACAGCAGCAACGACGUGAACACAAAUGUAGGUAAUCUUGAUGAGAACUCAAAUUCUAAAAAAAUUGUAAACAGAAAUGUCGAAAAUAAAAAACAACCUCCAACGAAUGACAGCAAUACUUCAAUGCCAACAUCUUUCGAUAGAAGAUUAAAAUAUAAAAACAAUGUCACCCAUGCUGAUAGCGGAGAAGAUAAUAGCAACAAAGAUGGAAAUCCCGUUAUUCUACUGGAAGAUGAUGACGAUGUAAACAAUCUUGUCAACAACAACAUAAACAAUGAAUUAAAGUGGAAAGAGUCCACAAAUGCCAACAACUUGAAUAUGCCUCGUGAAACAUCACCUAGACCCUCUAAUUCCUCAUCAACUUUCAUUAAGAACAAUCGUUCAACUACAUGUUUGCCAUCAUCAUCAUCAUCUUCUACAUGGUCAUCUUCCUCAUGUCAGAUUUGUCUAAAUAUUGUGGCAUCUUCUUCAUCAUCUUCUUCCUCUUCAUCUUCUUCAUCAUCAUGUUCAUAUUAUAACUUUAAUCAUAGAAAAUCUCACCAAGCCAGUGGCAAAAGAUCCAGAAUAUCUGACGAAGAUGAUGAUGACGACGAUGACUGUGAAAUGGAAAGCAGAAACAAAAAAAGGAUGAAAUCUCAAGUUGGAUUCCACUACUUAGCUGGCUUGUAUAAACAUUAG